AGCACAACACGGGCGGCUUCAAAAAACGACAAAUCCCUUCAUUAAUUUCAACAGCUCAAGUGUCCAAAACCCCCCAAAACCACCUCUGUCUAACUCACAUGGCCCGUGUCCACCACCCCCACCUCACCCCUACUCCUCACCUCUCAUUCUAUAUGCAUACAGCUCAAAACUUCAAACGUAUUAAUCGAAUUCAGCUUUUCUUCUCUGGCAUAUCGAGUCUCUUUAUAUUUCUUCGGUGGAGUAAAAUGGUUUGCAGAAGAAGCGAAAUUAUGCAUGGAAAGAAGAAGAUGAGAGAAGGAAAAAGGGAAAUGGGAGGUGGGUUGGUUCAUAAGAAGGUGAAGAAGUUGCAGAAAAUUAUUCCUGGAGGACAAGGCUUGAAACCAGACAACCUUUUACUCAGGACAGCUGAUUAUAUCUUGUUUUUGAGGUUGCAAAUUAAUAUGUUGCAAUGUCUUUCAAAGGUGUAUACACCUUGACCAUGCAUUACUACUUACAUUUUCCUAUAAGGGUGAUUAUUAUAUUGUCUAAUUAGUUCUAUAUCGAGACAAUUCUCGUGAAACUCUUUUGUUUGAUAGAAGUGAAUUUUUAUUCUCGUGGACCAAAUGGCAUUUUCUAUUGAUUUGUCUUCUCGACCGGAUCUAUUCUUUUCAAGUAUUUUUUAUUAUGUUUCAAUAAAAUGGUGUUGAUAUUAUUUGAGUUUA